UAUGCUCAAGAGAACAGUUUACGUAAGAAUUUUAAAGAUGUUUGAUUCCGGUUUACAUGAUCCAACUCGAAUUUAAAAAUAGAAAAGCGACAAGAAGUAGCAUCAAACCUGUGCUGUGGGAAAAGUGCAGCUCGUGCAUUAUUUAUGAAGAAAGCUGUAAUCUAUCCAUGAGUGUGUCCGUGCGCGUGGCUUUGUGUACAGUCAUUGAUCAUGCCGCGAGCCCACAAACGGAUUUUUUGUCGGCGCAGAAGCCGCCGGAGUCCACAUGAAGCGUUGAGUCUGAGCCGAGCCGUCUUCUCUCGUGUUGUAGGAAUGUUUGCACGAGGCGUGGUGCUUUGCCCUUAGCUUUUAUGCUUUCAUGGUUAAAACUGAGCGUUUUGUUUGUAUUUUACCGAAGUUGGGCUGAUGUGACAGAGGUCUCCUUUAACUGCGGAUGUCCCUGACCAAUUCCAGCGUCUUUCUACUGAACGAGGGUUCAGCCGAUUCCUACACUAGUCGACCCUCGGAUUCCGACCUGUCCCUGGAGGAGGACCAGGAGGCGUCUCGGCGUGAAGCCGAGCGCCAGGCUCAGCUGCAGCUAGAGAGAGCCAAGUCCAAACCAGUAGCAUUUGCUGUGAAAACCAAUGUGAGUUACUGUGGCGCCCUGGAUGAAGAUUGUCCAGUCCAAGGUGCCGCCAUUAACUUUGAAACCAAAGACUUUCUGCACAUAAAAGAAAAAUACAACAAUGAUUGGUGGAUUGGUCGGCUGGUGAAGGAAGGGGCAGACAUCACUUUCAUUCCAAGCCCGGUCAAACUGGAGGCCAUGAGAAUAAAACAGGAGCAAAAAGCAGCAGCCAGGAAAGGAGGCAAUGCUUCAUCUGGAGGCUGGAGGUCCACCCCUCCAUCUGCAGCCAAACAGAAGCAGAAACAGACUGAACAUGUUCCUCCAUACGACGUGGUCCCUUCUAUGCGGCCUGUGGUGCUGGUUGGCCCCUCACUCAAAGGAUAUGAGGUAACAGACAUGAUGCAGAAAGCCCUGUUUGACUUCCUGAAACACAGAUUUGAUGGCAGGAUCUCUAUUACACGGGUGACUGCUGAUCUGUCACUGGCGAAGCGCUCGGUGCUCAACAAGAAGGCCAUAAUGGAGAGAUCCAACACACGCUCCAGUCUGGCUGAGGUCCAGAGUGAGAUAGAGAGGAUCUUUGAGCUGGCCAAGUCUCUGCAGCUGGUCAUCCUGGAUGCUGACACCAUCAACCACCCGGCACAACUCCUCAAGACUUCUCUGGCUCCCAUCAUCGUCUAUGUCAAAGUCUCCUCGCCAAAAGUUCUUCAGAGGUUAAUCAAAUCCCGAGGAAAGUCCCAAAGCAAACAUCUCAAUGUUCAGAUGAUGGCGGGGGACAAGCUAGCUCAGUGCCCACCUGAGAUGUUUGAUGUCAUCCUGGAUGAAAAUCAGCUAGAGGAUGCAUGUGAACACCUUGCAGAGUACCUAGAAAUUUACUGGCGUGCUACACACCUCCCAUGUUCUGCCCCUGUUAACCCCUUACUGGACCAAAGUGUGAUCACUCCACCCUCAGCUAACUCCAGCCAACAGUUUUCAGAGACUCAAGAAUUGAUAGAAUGAUUACCACCACAAACAACGGAGCUGCCUGUGCUGUUGGCUGGGGUCAGACUAGGAGGUCAAAGAGCACAGGGACCAGGGCGCCACCAGGGGGCAGCAGCAGCCCUCGUAUCUCCAAAAGCCAGCCACCACCUUCUCUGGCAAAAAACAAGAGGAAUGAUGGUCCCUCAAGAAAGGGCUGGUGUGCUGGAGGAAGAGGAAACACACAGCCAGGGAGAGGAGAAGGAGGAGGAAGAGGAGGUGAAACUACAAGGUCCUCCACCUGCUGCCCCCUUGACAAGAGCCCCCUGCUCCCACCACCACGUGACAACUCAGGGCCGCUUUCUACAGCUGCACACCUGCUGGUGACCAAAGCCAGUGGAGCGCUGCAGUCAUAGAACACCACUUUCCCCCCUCACCCAUCCUGACCUCACCCAAAGCCCCUGCUUCCACUCUGGAGGCCGAGCUGAGCCAGCCCUGCUGUGAUCGACACCCAGACAAAUUACACACCUGUGAAGUCAGAGGAUUCAAGUACUGUAGCAUAAUAACACAACUAAAGUAGCCCCACGGUAGGGUUUCCUCUCUGAUAAAGAUGGCUUCCAAAGUGUGCAGAGAGUGACACAAACCAAUUAUUUAUUUAUGUCUUCCAUGUCUACAGCUCCCAGUGAGCUGUCACUCCAGUUUAACCAAAUGUUUCCUUUAAUAUGCACAAGCUACUUUAUCCACUUUCUUUAUCCUGUAGCAUUUCAGUUUUCAUUUUAUUUCCUGCAACCAAAACAUUAUAGCUGAUCACAUAUCUGUAUGCAACAGUAAUGCAAACCUCAUACAUGACAAGUGCAUGCUUCCACAUCGUCUAUAUGCAUCUCCUGUCACAGCCGUGAAUGUAUAAACGCUACUCCAUCAGUUUAGGAAGGAUUAUUUGCAAUAAUCUUGAUUGUUUGCAGAUAGUUGGUGGCAAAACUCAUAACCAUCACUUGAAGUUGUCUUUAACAAAAUCACUCUUCUGACACAAUGAAAAAAAUCACAGUUAUAUUUGGAAUAUGAUUCCAUGUUAUCACAUCUAACCAUUUUAAACUACAUGGUUUUAUAUAGAUUUAUCAAAUUCCUCUUUCAGAGAAAAUCUGAUUCAGAAAUAUGAUUUGUAGCAUAACCAGAUGUCAAAAUGCGCACUGAUAUCUAAUUUAAAAGAUGUUCAACUUAAUAAAAAAGUCCCUAAUGCAAUGGCCCAGCCUCAGGCUUACAGUUUUGAUACUGCUACUACUCCUCAUGUAUUCUCUCUCUAACAAGAUGUUGUAAAUUAUAUUUUCAAAAAUGUAAUAUCUACUCUUGUUUUGUUGUAUUUUUAUUGUUUUAGCAUACAGGACCAGGAAACUUGAAAAAAAAAAACAGCUUGCUGAGUAGAUUUAGUGUAUGAUUUCUACAUAGAGUAGAUGUAUAGAUUAUUAACACAGUUACAUGUUGCCUCAGCAUGUUUGCUGAAUGUAAUACUUUGUGAUAUUAGCACUUAACUUAAAAAACAUCACUGUAAGCUACACGGUCAGGAUCAUAUCUGUCUUUAUUUGAUCACACCAGUAGUAUUAUUUAAUAUCAGUAGUAUUUAAAUGUCACAUUAAGCUGCUGAGUGGAGCACUGGUAACUGAAGAAAGGAUGGACUCACAGUUCAUCUUUGUAGAGGCAAUUUUACAAACAGCUGCACCAUCUGCCACAACACCACUGUGCUUCAACACUGGAGAAUUUCUCACUGUUAAAGAGACAUAUAAGUCUCUAAAUGAUUAAAUCUUAAAUCAAAUGACCACAAGGCGUACUUCCUGAUAAGCCUCGUAAAUUGUUUCUUAAUCAUUUUGCAGGAGUUUAAGCACUGCAGACUAAAGAGUGCACAGAGGACGCCCUCUUGUGGCAAAGUUAUGUAAACUACUGCAACUAUACUGCAAUGCAAACGUUACAUGUAUAAUAUCCAUAUAAAUUAAAAAUAUACAACUUCCAGUUAUAGCACUAGUACAUAUAUUUUAAUUACAUUUAUUUUUCUCAUUGCUUCCACUGUAUGUCUUACAAUACAAGUGAAUGCAUCUCAAACAGCACUGAUAUUCUCCAAUUAGUGCUCCUGCUUUACAAGCAUAGCAACCUGCUAACAUAUCACAUGUAAAUAAUCAAAUAUACAUGCAUGACAUAUUGUAUUCCUGUUUCAUCAGAAGGGCUUUUUGGGACCAUCCUAACAUGAGCCAUUCACUCUCAUAAUCUACAUCUACAUAAGCAGUAAACAUUAUCCAGGCUUUAUUGUACAUACUGUAUAUUCAAUAUGCAGAUAUUAUAUCAACUUGCACAGAAACAAACAAUGCUGACAGGAGGUGUAGGGGUUUUAGUCACAGCACAUAAGUCUAUAUUAAAUGUCUCAGAGAGCAUGAGUUUCUAUGUAUUUUCCUCUCCUUUUAAAUGAUGCACUGAAGUGAUUUAAGACCACGGUGAAGUUUUCUUCCACUGAUGCCCACAUUCAUUUCUAAAGGACCAGGUUAAAGAUGCAUCACCUCUCGAGCACAGUCUCUUUUUUUGAUUAGAGAUAUACACACUUGCUCCUUGCAUUUGUUUGAUUUCUCUUGCAGGAAAUUUCUACAAACUAUUCCUUAAAAAGUCCAAAGCACAAUUUUUAUAAUUAUCAUUUCCUACUUCUGCAUUUUACUUGCCUAAAUUCUGUAUGCAAUACAAAGUCUAUUACUGACAAGACACUAGCUGAGACUAUCAAGAUAUCUCCUCGGGGUGAUGGGGUAUAAUUGCACUACUUUUAUUUAUAUGUCUGCUUUAUGAUGCAAUAAAUGCACUAAACGUUAUGCUGUACCCGUCUCCAAAACUAAACAAGACAUCUGGUCUAAAGAUGAUGCUAACAAUCAUGUGAUAACUCUCCAACAGUGUAUGAUGAUGAUGUGUACAGGGUGCAUCUUUUGUCUAUAGCACAUUUG